AUGGCGUUGAGUGGCGCGCUGUUCAGGGGGGCGGUGGGAAGGGGGGUCGGCGCCGUCUUCUUGCUGGGGAACCGGUCCAUGUCGUCGUGGUGGAGCAACGUGGAGCCGGCGGCGAAGGAUCCCAUCCUCGGUGUGACCGAGGCCUUCCUCGCCGACCAGAGCCCCGACAAAGUCAACGUCGGAGUUGUGAGCGUCUCCUUGUCUUCUCCCUUCGCGGCGCGGUUCUCCGAUCGUCUUAAAUAUGUUUUUAAUUGGAAACGAAGUCGUCUUCGUUUCUUCGUUUCUCUCGUCCAUCGUCGUCGCUCCGGGGCAGGAUCAAGUGUGGAGAUGAUCUGUUUUCGGUUACUUGUUCGGUGAUUCUAGGGUGCCUAUCGUGACGAUAAUGGGAAGCCCGUCGUCCUGGAGUGCGUCAGGGAGGCGGAGAGGAGGAUCGCCGGGAACCAGAAUAUGUAACUUCUCUGUUCCAUUUUCUCGUGAAUCACGCCAUAUUCUUUUUUUAUUUCUUCUUAUCCUUGUAUUUGUUAAUCUGUUAUUCAUCCGGAUAGCCGAACAGCGUGAACACAUGUAGAUUCAUUACCUUAGUCUCCUCUUCUUUUCGUCAGAAGCAUGUUGUUGGUCCAUCUGCUCCUACCUUUUUCGUCCGUCACAGAGAAUUUGCUUCGAAAUCUUAUUCCCGGAUCAAUCUUCUGCCGCCAGUGGGAACCAUUUAAGUCAUUCAAAGAACGAGAAACCCGUUUGCGUGUAUUGAGACUCUCUGCCUUCCGACUGUGGAUUUCGGGGGUCGAUCUAUUGUCUGUAACUUUCCUGGACGUACAUAGAUUACUGGUUGAAAACUCGCAGCAUAAGAGGGAUGGCUCCUAACAAGGAAUUAGUUUUUGAUGCUAGGGUGGGGAAGUAGAUGAGCAUGAUGGACAGCAUAUGUUCCAUGGGCCAGCGUCAAAUAGUGUAAAGAUUCGUUUUCUCAAUCUGCCUGUGAUCUACGUUAAAGUCAGAUAGAAUUGAAUAAAUAAUAUAGUGGGGUGAGACUGCGCCAUCUGUUCCCCAAUUCAGCAAACACAUGAAAAGAUUCUCUUCCCACAAGUCCAAUUUGAGUCAACUUGCAGACAUUUCAAUCCCCUGUUAUACGUCAUCCUUGAGAGUUCUUUUUUAGGUUUUUCCUUCCAUGUUGGUGUUCUAUUUGGUUGUUCUAAACAAGAUGGAAUGACAGGGAGUACCUGCCUAUGGGAGGAAGUCUUAAAUUUAUUGAAGAGACAUUGAAGCUAGCAUAUGGGGGCAAUUCUGAGUUCAUAAAGGACAGAAGGAUUGCAGCUGUGCAAGCUCUUUCAGGGACAGGCGCAUGCCGACUUUUCGCAGACUUCCAGCGGCGCUUUCAACCUGAUUCCCAAAUAUAUAUUCCUGUUCCAACCUGGUCCAAGUGAGUUUUCCUCCUUUUUUUCUUCAUCACUCUAGCUCCCGUUUAUAGUAGUUCACUUUUCUGAGAUUCCACUGUAACAUGUCUACAGUCACCACAACAUCUGGAGGGAUGCCCAAGUUCCUCAGAGGACCUUCCACUACUACCAUCCCGAGUCAAAAGGAUUAGACUUUGCCUCAUUAAUUGAUGAUGUGAAGGUACAGAAGCAAGGAUUUGAUAAUGGUUUGGGUCAUUGAUUUCAAGUCAAGAUGAUCUUACCAAGUCUCUGUCAUAUAGAAUGCGCCCAACGGUUCAUUCUUCUUGCUACAUGCUUGUGCUCAUAAUCCUACGGGAGUUGAUCCUUCAGAGGAGCAAUGGAAAGAAAUCUCAUACCAGUUCAAGGUAGUCUAAAUUUAUUGUGUACUUUCUUCGGGGUUCGAGGAUGCUUUUCUUUGGCUGGGGUUUAAAUCUGUGGAUUUAAUGCUAUAUAAUGCUGUCUAGGUUAAGAACCAUUUUGCGUUCUUUGACAUGGCGUACCAAGGGUUUGCCAGCGGUGAUCCUGAAAAAGAUGCAAAGGCGAUCCGAAUCUUUCUUGAUGAUGGUCAUCUGAUAGGAUGUGCACAGUCCUAUGCUAAAAAUAUGGGGUUGUAUGGUCAGAGAAUAGGUUGCCUCAGGUAUUCCACCUUAUCUGUCCUAUAUAAAUAUUACCCUUAGAAUUUUUCAUGGAUUCCCCAUGUUUUCUCACUUUAAUUCAGCAGCUUAUUUGCAACCGCCUAACUGUUUUAUUUGAAUUAUGCUCCGUCAUUUUAUUAACCUUUUUAACAAUUUUUUUUUGUGGUAGAUAAAAAAGUUCCUUCGUAUUGAAAAUGAAACAAUAGUUUUUUUCCUGUCUUUUUAUUUUAUUUUUUACAAUGGCAAUCUUUUGUAACAGCAUCCUAUGUGAAGAUGAACUCCAAGCUGUUGCCGUGAAGAGCCAGCUGCAACAGAUUGCACGGCCCAUGUAUAGCAACCCACCUGUUCAUGGUGCUCUUGUCGUUUCCACAAUUCUUGGUGAUCCAGAACUAAAGAAUUUGUGGUUACAAGAGGUGAAGGUGAGUUACCAACGACUGUUCUCUCCCUUGAUAUUAAUUAUGGAGAAAUCGCUUCCCAUUGGUGAUCCAUCUGGAGAAGACUGGGGAGCUUGUUUAUUUAUUUAAUUAUGAGAGAGAAUUCUUGUAUUAUGUCAGGUUAUGGCUGACCGGAUCAUUGGGAUGAGAACUGCUCUUCGAGAAAGCCUUGAAAAGCUUGGUUCAACUCUUCCUUGGGAACACAUUACUAACCAAGUAAUGGUUAUGUUUCUUGUACAUUGUUCAAUUGCAUCAACUAGCUUGCAAGAACGCUUCUCUCUGCUAAUACCUUGUCUGUUUCCUUGAUGCCAUCAACAGAAAACCCCAAAUGCAGUUAUAUUUUAUUUUUAUUCCACAACGUCAUCCAUGUGAAUCACAACCUAAUCAUGUCCAUUUGUCAUCUAAAUAACUUCUACUGUGUAGAUUGAGGAGACCCUUUUCAUGAUUGUUGGCUGAAAUCUAUCACACAACGAUCAUGCUUUGAUUUGUUUUAACGGAAUACUGCUUAUAUCCUUCUUAUUGGACAGCCUGUUUCAAAUAUUUGAUUAAUCCAACUCUUAAUCACUGAAAACAUCCCAAGCACAUUUAGAUCCCUAGUGUCCCUUUUCGCAUUGGAUCUAUGCACACGUUUAUUCUAGGGCAAGACCUAAUCCCACUUCUAAUAUCGAUAUUUACUGUUAACAGCAGUGGAGCUUCCAUAAUCUUGACAGUGUCAUCCCUAACAUAUGCAUUACCCUUUUCAACCAAUUUUUUUUAAAAAAAAUGUAAUCUUUUGCCCUACUCUAUGGGAUAUUGUUGUCACAUUUUUGAGAUUGUAGGACUCUCCCAGUUGGGUCCAUUCCUGACUUCACUUGUGCUUGUCAUGGCCUCUGUCUGAAAAACAGAUUGGCAUGUUUUGCUUCAGCGGUAUGACACCACAACAAGUUGACCGGUUAACCAGUGAGUUCCACAUUUACAUGACUCGAAAUGGUCGAAUAAGGUCGGUGAUUCUUUCUUCCUUCCUUCCUUCCUUCCUUCAUCUACCUUUUGGCUUAACAUAAAUAAAAUUAGUACACUGUAUAUUGGGCUCAAUUCCAGCCAUCAGGAUCAUCAUAUCAUUCUCAAUUCUGCAGCAUGGCAGGAGUCACGACAGGAAAUGUUGGCUACUUGGCCAAUGCAAUACAUGAGGUCACAAAGUCCGGCUGA